UUCUUUACGAACAUCUUCAUCGCUACCAAACUCUUCUUCCUUAUUAACGACAGUCAAUAUAUGGAGUUCGUCAUUGUUUCUAAGCAUAGUACCCAUAGCCCACUCCAUGGCAUGAUAACUUUCGUCGCUGAAAUCGCACAUAAUCAAGUAGGUGCGGACUCGACGUUGUGGUCCCGGUAAAAUCUCAGCCAUGCUGGCUUUAUCGACAUAGCCAUAUCGAAUAGUAGUGAUAAUGCGGUCGUCUGAGCGAACGAUCUCUGGCUUUUGGCAAACAAGCACGUCGGGUCGAUAUUUAUCAGCUGCAUUGAUCUUUUUAUUCUCAUCCGUAGGCUUCUCGUAGUCAAUGUGUCGAUUUCUCUCGGUGAUAGCCAUCAGUUCUUUAUCCGCCUUGUCAAGGUUGGCGUCGUUGGCUGCGUCAUACUCAAGGUCAUCUUCAUGUGGCACUUCAUCUUCGUCUUCGUCUGUUUCGGAAUCAAACUGGUUGGGGUCUGGCUUUUCCACAAUCACCGCUUCCUCUACCUGUCGGUCUUCUUCUGUAUCGACAUUGAGGUCAUCGUCUUCGGGGCGAAUGUCAUGCUCCGACGAAGACUGCUCUGUAACAAUGGCUGGUAUGGCCUGGGACAUGGCGUGGUACUGGCAGUUUCGUAUUCCUGGAAAUUUUCCUGGAGAAUAACCCACCGCCAAUGAUUUGAAACAUUUCAAGUAUAUCUCCC